AUGCCAAAAGUAAAAACAAAACUUUCAUCCUCAACAAGUGCAGAUAUUAAAGUUUCUGCGGGUCAAGCAAAUUCAAAUUUAUUAUUAAACCCAAAUCCAAGAAAGGAUCAAUCUCCUUCAACUAUCACGAUGAAUUCUGCUGUUACUAAUAAUCAAGUUGAUAUCCUAUUGCAAGAUUUAGGAGCCGAGCCACUUUUCGCUGCAGUUCAAGAUCAACAAUCAAAGAAUUCAUUCUCAAAUGUGUCGGUUCAACAUGCUCCUGUUAAGCAAGAGUCAAUGGAAGCAAGAGAU